AUGGACGUUGAUGAGUGUGCAAACCCCCAGCUUUUGGCCUGGGUCAAAGAAUGGCUCGAUGUAGCCCGAGAACGCAACUCGAAAGGUUUUACAACAUAUAAGCACGCCUAUGAUUCUCUCAAGGCUUGUCCGAUCACCUUCCAGCAUCCUGCUGAACUACAGCAGCUCAAAGGAUUCGGCCCAAAACUUUGUGAGAGGCUGACAGACCUCCUGAAAAAGCAUUGCCAGGAAACUGGUGUGCCUAUGCCUGAGCAUCCACAAGCCAGAAAAGCGGCUCAGAACAAGGCUAGAAGCACCUCUGAAUCAGCAGGUCAAGAGGCAUCGAAGCAAGCCAAGACUCGUAAAAAGAAGUCAUAUGUUCCUACAUUUAGAUCGGGGGCGUAUGCAAUUGUAGUCGGCCUUUCAAGCCAAUCGGCCGAUGCGUCACUUGGGCUCACAAAGGUUGAACUCAUUGAACUCGCACAGCCUCAUUGCGACGCCUCGUUCACGGCACCCUCCGACCCCACAAAGUUCUACACUGCCUGGAACUCAGUCAAAACAUUGCUUCAGAAAGAACUUGUUUACGAAAGAGGCAGGCCUCUGCGAAGAUAUGCACUAACGGACGAGGGCUGGGAGGUUGCCCAACGCAUCAAGGAGACUCCACACUGGCAAGCGGAGAAUCCACAGCAGCCUGGGCUUGAGGUAGGGCCUGUAGUCGCUCCAGCUGCUGGACAUGACCAAACGACGACUUCAGAGUACCAGAGCGUUAUCGCAGAUGGCCCGGCUUUUUUGGAGAAUGGUGCAUUUCCUUCUUUUACACCUAUCACCCUUGAGCCAGGAACCUUUUCUGUGCAGUUAUUGCUCGAUGUUCGUGAGGUCAGGGCCAAGACUGAUCGCGAUUAUAUGAAAGAGGAACUCGCAAAACAGGGUGUGACACCCAUUAUGAGGAGUCUAGAACUUGGUGAUGCACAAUGGAUAGCGAAAUGCAACGAUGCUUCGAUGCUGGCACGUCAUGGCGCAGAAGGGGACGAGGUUGUGCUUGAUUGGAUCGUGGAGAGAAAGAGACUGGACGACUUGAUCGGCAGUAUCAAAGAUGGCCGAUUUCACGAACAGAAGUUCCGUCUCAAGCGCUCAGGGGUCAAAAAGGUCAUCUACAUCAUUGAAGAUAUAUCGAUGGACUCGGGAACGUUGACCAAAUACGAAGAGGCGGUCCAGUCUGCAAUAGCAUCCACACAGGUCGUCAAUGAGUAUUUCGUGAAAAGGACGACUAAAAUGGACGAAACAAUCCGAUACCUAGCCCGAAUGACGGCAAUGCUGAAACGAACGUAUGAGCGAAGACCUCUGAGGGUGAUUCCCACCAGAGCACUAACUGCCAACAACUAUAUGCCUUUAAUGGAACAUUUACGGGAAAAGGAGCGAUCACAAGGCUACUACGUCACAUACCCGGCGUUUGCCUCAAUGGCUUCCAAGUCUGAAAUGUUGACUUUACGAGACAUAUUUCUGAAAAUGCUGAUGACCACCAAAGGGGUGACGGGGGAGCGAGCCUUGGAGAUUCAAAAGAGAUGGAAGACGCCUUAUAAUUUCGUCAAGGCCUUUGAGGCCUGUGGCCCUGGAGAGCAAGGCAAAAAGCGGAAACGAGAGCUCGUGUCGAACGAGAUGAGCAAUCUCGUUGGCAGAAAGAAAAUCACCAAGCCGUUGAGCCUGCGAAUUGCUGAGGUGUGGGGAGAUAUCUGA